CCCCGAGGUCGCGUCGCAGCACGUAUCGUUUCCCAUCACACGAAAUCAUUUCUUCCUAUAUAUACCGCGAAAAUGCCGAAACGAAAGGCGGCAGCUGCAGCUUUGUCCAGCCUGGCUGGCUCCGACGACGAGAGCAUGAUCCAGGCCGACGGCGCCCGCCCGACGAAAAAGGCCCGGGGGAGGCCACGGUCCAAAUCGACGGACUUGAAGGCAUCGCCACCACCGAGACGCGAGUCCACCCAUGCACAACCGCAGCCGGAGGGCUCGAGCAAGAAGAGCGGAAGGAGGGGCAGGCCCAAGGGCAGCAGGAACUCGGUGCAAGCGGCACCGCAGGAUGAACCGGAGGAGCAGGAACCGCCCGCAGAGGCCGCGAGCGAAGCACAAGCUCCUGCGGUGGCGGAGUCUGCAGCGGUCUCCAACGACGAGCUGGCUGAGUCGCAACCGACCGCAGCCAAACCUUCCAAGCGCAGCAAGGCUUCGAAGUCGGGCAAGACGGGCGGGGCUGGUUCACGGUCGCGCAGCAAAACGACCGACAAGCCCGUCGUAGCGGACGGCGAAUUCGAAUACACCCCCUCGAGCAAGCGACGCCAACAACCGCCGCCGUCGGAAGAACGCGAUGCGCCUCCGCAGAAGACGCGAGCCAAGAACAAAACCGGGACGAAGGACACGCGUGAUGAAUCGGAGGUGGAGGAUAAUGUGCCGGAGGAUGCAGCGGAGGAAGUCGAUGAGACGGUGCUGCAAGAGGCGCCACCAACUGGGACCCGCUCGCGCUCGGCCUCUCCGACUAAGCGCAGGCAGUCUCUGCGAGAUGCGCGGGUAUCUCCGUCCAAGCCGCGCACCAGUGAUGAGCCUGAGUUGCGACGGAAGAUUGGAGAGCUGACGAAGAAAUGCGAUACCCUCGAGAACCGCUACCGGACACUCAAGGAGAUUGGCAUAGUUGAAGCGAAUGCGAAUAUGGAGAAGCUACGGAAGCAGUGCGAGUCCAUGACCACCGCCUCAAACAAUCUGAUUGCCGCUUUGAAAGCCGAGUUGGAAGCUCAAAAGACUCUUGGUCAACAAAGCCGCAAGCUUCAGAAGCAACUGCAGGAACGGGACGCGGAGGUCGCUCAGUUGAAGACCCAUGCUGAGGAGACUGAAACCCAACUCUCCUCUGCUCAGAAUGAGGUCAAGGCGUUGCAGACGAAACUCUCUGCUGCCCGCAACACCGCCGCAAGUCUCGAGACCGCGGCUGCCAAUUUGAAGGUUCCUGGUAGUGCGAUCAAGGGCGGCGGCAACCGCGCCAAUGCGGCAGCCAAUGCCGAAGCUGCGCAGGCAGCCCAGUUUGCGCAGCUGAAGGAGGAUCUCUACAGUGAUCUCACUGGUUUGAUCAUCCGUGAUAUCAAGAAGCGUCAGUCGGAUACUCUAUACGACUGUAUCCAGACCGGCAGCAACGGAACUCUUCACUUCAAACUGGUUGUCCCUCAUGUAUCAUCAACCAACUACGAGUCCGCCGAAUUCCAGUAUAUUCCUCUGUUGGACGAUAAACGCGACCGUGACUUGAUCGAUAUUCUUCCUGAAUACUUGACGGUUGAUAUCACUUUUGUGCGCCAACAAGCAUCCAAGUUCUAUACUCGCGUGAUUGAUGCUUUGACGAAACGGCGGAGUACUGCUGCCAACUGCUAGCCCUGGAGGCUAAUGAGCGUCCGCAGUAUUUAUAUGGUGGAAUUUAUGUGGGGCGGUAUUAAGCGUGGCCCUCGAGGGAGACCUAGCCGAGUUGUCGGAGGGCCGCAGAAUCCGGCAUUGGAUUUGAUCUUGAUUUUCUUUUGAUUAGUUUUUUUUUUUUUUUUUUUUUUUU